AUGGGCCCGGGGGACUACUGCCGCGGCAGAGAGAGAACUUCCCGGGGGCCCCCUGGAGGCCCAGGCUGAGCCGGGCUUUGGCUCCCGGUCCCUCGCCCCGCGCUCGGCUCCCCUCGGGGCGGCAGGGGCACGGACGUCGCGGCGGAGGCCCGGGCCACCAGCCAGCUGCUGGAGGACAUGUGCCGGCGGCUGGUGCGCGAGCGGGAGGAGCGGGGCCGGGCGCGCGCCGAGGGCGUCCUGGCUGGGCUGCGCUCGGAGCUGCUAGAAAUGCAUUUGCAAAACAGCCAGCUGGCCAGAACAUUACUGGAUUUAAACAUGAAAAUGCAGCAAUUGAAGGAGGAGUAUGAACAGGAAAUGGUAUCAGAAUCUCAAAGGCUGGAGGAUAAUGCUGUGAAUCCGAAAUAA